AUGCGAUGCGCGAGCAAGGCCGCCGAGAGCGCGUCCGCACGUCUCUGUGCGGACGCCGAAGCAGAAACUACAGCAACUGAUGUCUCAUCGGUUGCUGAAGCGACCCAGCCUGUAUCACCUGGUGAUGCAGACGGUCGUUAUUGA